CAGUUUCAGAAAGUCUCUCCAUAACAGGAUGCUCGUCAGGAAGAGUCUCAGAGAGGAAGUUGUAAAAAGUUGUGAAUGCUGAUACAAAAGUCAGUCAGCAAUAACUUUCAUUUUAGUCUGCACCCCUCUCAACCUUAACACCAACAAUGAGCAAGGAAUGGACAGCACGUUUGAAAAAUCAGCUGAAGAAGAGUCCUUUUUAUUCAAAUGCAAUUAUUGGCUUUUUAAUGUUGGGACUUGAGAAGCUCGUGGAGAUGGACUUUGCAUGUCCUUGUAAACCUGUGAUGAACCUGGUGUUUUCUAUCGCGUAUUUUUUAGUUCCUGCUCUGUUCUCCAGCUCACUCAUGUUUUAUAUUCAUAGCCCACAAUGCAAAGCACAGUAUAAGCUCUCCACUUUAACCUGCAUCAUUCCAGCUGUUGUUUGGAUCAUGCUGCUGUUCUUUGAUGGACAGUACUUUGCCUGUGCCAAAACCUCCUGGGCAGGACUGACGGUUAAGACGGAUAUAUCUGCUUCAACAACAUGGUGUCAGCCUUUGACCGAUUCUAACAAUGUCACUGAAAAGCAAAUGGUAUUUUUUGGCUUUCGAAAUACUUCUCAGUUUGUGGGACUGGGCUUCCUGCUUGUGAUCUCUGUGAUCCUAUUUAUAAUUGGAUGUAUGAGGUGUUGCCAUCAAACUGCAGGAACCAAAGAACCUGAAGCUGAACAAGUGGAAAUGGAGGAUCCUGGUCAAAGUUCUGCUCGCCCUCGUGAAAGAUCUGCAUUAAUGGAGGAGGAAUGCAGUGCAUCUUCUGCACAGCUGUAAAUACAGAAGCUUUGAACAGAGUUCUCGCAAAGCAUCACUUAAUGUUCACAAACCUCAUGUUUAACAUGGUAAAAAAAGGGAAAACAACAAUAUUUGUAGCACAUUCUCAUCCAGCUGAAGCACAAAGUUUUGCAU